AUGGACGCGCCACGGGCGCUUCGAAGCCUGAGGGCCGAGGAGUUGCGACAGCUGUGCAAGGAGCAGGGCCUCGACUCCCGUGGCCUCAAGGGUGAGCUCAUCCAGCGACUGGCGCAGCUAAGGGCCGACCAGUCCAGCGAUGGCCCGUCGUCGUCUCCACAGAGGCCAUCUCCGAGGGCCAAAGCCAAGGCAAAGGGCAGAGCCAAGGCUAAGGCACUCAAUGGAGAAGGUCGAAGCGCUGAAGAUCCAGUUGCGAGGACCACUAAAAGCUCUCCGUCCACCCGGACCAAUCGCAGCGCAGUCCCAGCACUGCUGCGACGAGCCCAACCUGGUGCAGGCGUGAGCCUUUAUGCAGCCUCAAGGCAGCAGCUGAUGCGGUGUGUAAGAUGCCAGGCGCUUUGCAACCUUCUUCAUGGACGGUACAGCGACAACCCGGAAGAUUUCUGGUGUCCGCUGUGCCGGUUCAAGGUGAUGGAUCCGUUCAACAUGGUCGUCGAGGACGGCGGCGUGCUGAAGCUCCUGAUGGUCGUGGAGCCGCAGUUCGAUUUUACACUGGAGCUCCCAGAUCUACGGCAGUGGCGUCGGGAAGGCAAGUCCGUGGAGGUGCGGAUGCUUCGAGUGAACAGCACCAAAGUGGAGCAGGUGUGGCCGCGUCAGAUCCAUGUCUUCGCCAACGGAAUCGAGGUGUUUUCGGUUCACCCGCCGGAGGAGGGACACAAGCGGCGAGAUGUGCCUCAACACAUUUCCAGUGGCCUGAAGGGGGGCCGGAACGACAUCACCGUGCGGAUGGUCGAUGACGACUGUGUGGGCUUUGCCUUUGUUGUGCUGCUCACCCGAUACCAGAGCACCGAGGAGAUGGCAGAGCAGGUCGAAAACGUCAGCGUGGACGUUGCGCGAAAGCGUGUGUGCGAAUUGCUGGCCAAGCAAGCUGCCAGCGCGCGAGCCGGUGGGCUGGGUAACAGCGAGGAUCUCGUUUGCCUGACCUCCGAGACGUUGAAGCUCCGAUGUCCUAUCACCAUGGAGCGAGUUCAGGAGCCCGUCCGCGGGGACCUUUGUCAACACACGCAGUGCUUCAGCCUGAAAGCAUACAUGACCAGCAAUCGCAACAUGGGCGCCUUUAACCGCAGAUGGCUUUGUCCUCUCUGCACCCAGACUCUGCGCCCUUGGGAUUUGCGUCGCGACGCCUACGUCGCUGAAGUCUUGUCCUCGACGCCACGUGAUGCAGAGGAGGUCCUCGUCAACUCUGACGGCAGUUGGAGGACUACUGGCGGCGACGGCGGCGUGAGGGACGACAGCCCAGCGUCUGAUGAGACGCUACAGGGAGAGAGACCUGUGAUCACCAACGUAGAGGAGACUGUGGACUUGGAUUCGCCAAUGCCGUCUCCUUCGCAUGAACCUGCUGGUCCAAGGCUGGAAUCCUCGCCGUCCGGACAAGAGCCAGAAGCGUGCGGCUUGAGUGGAGGCGCGCUCCCAGAAUCGCCGGUAAAAGCUCCAGGCUCUCCAAGUUCGGGCCCGAGGACGCCGAGUGGCCCUCGUCGUACGGAGGAGCCCGGAUGCGGGCGCCCGCGUCUUCUCCUCGACAAGCUGUCGUCGGCUCCUCCCAAGGCGCAAGACGGAGGCUACGACUUCGCUGUUGCGAUGUCCAACGUGGCAGGAGUCUUUUCCGCUUCAAACGCAGCAUCGGGAUUGGCAUCGACGGCGCCCAUCGCCUCGGCUAUCCAGCGUCGCUUUGCCCAGUUUCAGCUGGAGGAUGACGACACAUCACCUGCAAAGAAAGCUCAGCCAAAAAGGCGGCUUCCGGCAGCAAAAGGCAAGUCCAAGCGGCCCCGGAAAGGCGACAGCUGUUCGACGGAGGCAGCUACGCCCGCCCGAUCUACGAGGAAAGGGCCUUACGUGGAGUCCAUGGACUUGGCGAAAGUUGGGCUCGCUGGCGGAUUGCAGCCCAUCGACUUAGACUGA